AUGCGACUUCAGGCGGCGCUUCUGGCCGCUGCGUGCGUAUCGCCCGCGGCAGCCAUAUUUUCCGACGAGGUCAAUCACAUUGACUUCCACCACGCCCUCCUCGGUGCCCCAUCCCCCGAUUCGACCUUCUUCCUCAAGCCCUCUUCCGCCUCUAACGCAUCACUCCUCUACACUUUGUCCGACAAGUCGAUCCUGGGCGCAGUCAAUCCCCGUGAUGGCGCACUGGUCUGGCGACACAACAUCUCGCGAUCGGCUUCUCCGGCUGGCGGGGCCGGUCUCUUGCGUGGCCUGGAUGGAAACAACGCCGUUGUUGGUGCAGCAGGAGACUACAUCUCGUCGUGGGGUGCCCAAGAUGGGAAAUUGAUUUGGGACCAGCAAUUUGACGGCAAUACCGUUGCUGACAUUGAGCUUCUCGAACUGGAGGAUCCCACAGCGACAUCUGACACUAGAGACACGCUUGCGCUGAUUUCUGGCAAAAGCUUCGGCUCCGUCAGACGAUUCGAUGGCGAUUCAGGAGCUGUGAAGUGGGAAUAUAUCGAUGAAAGCGGAGAUAUUCCAUUCCAGGUCUCGUCUUCUCCCACUGAGGUUUUCUACAUUUCGCUCCAAUCGGGUAUUCUGAAGAGUUCAAAGAUCAAGGUUACUGCACUCGACCCCGUCACUGGCCGCCAAACUAGCCAACAGGUCUUGAACACUGAAGGUGAUAUCACGGGCCCCGAAUCUGUCCUUUUCGUUGGGGCCAACACUGCGUCCCCAUUGAUUGUCUGGACCGAUAAGGCGCACAAGACCCUCAAAAUCAAUGUUAUUGGGUCAAAGCAAAUCAGCUCCCUCGCCAUUGCUAAUACCUCCGGUGAGGAGAUACGCCAAAUUACGGUCCAUGCUCCUCACAAGCUGAACUCCCGUCCGCACUUCUUGGUUCACUAUAAGACUGGAUCCGGGGCAUGGGCAGAGGUCUACCACGUGGAUUUGAAGUCGGCAGCUGUAACCAAGGCUUAUCAGCUGCCUUACCUACAGGGUCAGUCUGUGAUCGCCACUAGCAGUAUCGAUGCCAACGUUUACUUCACCCGCGUCACCAACUCGGAGGUUGUUGUGGUCUCUUCCGCCUCUCAUGGUAUCAUCGGGCGUUGGGAUGUGGAUGCCUCAUCUGCCGAUUAUGCUCAGGCUGCAGUAGCCGAAGUGGUCGCAAAGGGCAAAUCUGUGGCUGUUCGAGCUGUCGUUCUGCGGGGUUCUGGAGAUUGGCAAUUGAUUCGAAAUGGCCAGAUCGAGUGGACUCGCCCCGAGGCCUUGAUCGAAGCUGUUGCUGCCAUCUGGGUUGAGGCUGAAGAGAAGGAAGACCUCGCUCAUGAGCUGGAGGUUGAGGGACAUGAUAGCAUUCAUGGCGCAUACAUUCACCGUGUCAAGCGUCAUAUGCGUGACCUCCAGCACCUGCCAGAUUGGCUCAAGGAGCUGCCGCAGCGUAUCGUCAGUAGUGUGUUGUCUGAUGAAGUCACCAACUUGGAUAGCUUCGGAGUCGCCAAGCCUGUCGUCGUGGCCACCCGCAGCGGACGAGUUUAUUCUCUUGAUACUGGCCGACAAGGCUCGGUGAUCUGGAGUGUCCAGGCGUCGGAACAGGCAUGGGACGUCAAAGACAUUACGGCUCGUCCGGGGCAAGUUAUCAUUGAUCUCAGUGACGGUAGUCAUGUGUCAAUCAAUGCCUCGACAGGAGAAACUUUCACUCAACCCCCUCUGGAAGCAACAAAUGUUCAGUCCAUUGCCAACUUUGUGGUGUCAGAUGGAUCUUCGCUUGUUCGCCUCGGUGCUGUUGGUAUCAGAGAGGACGGCAGCCCUGUUACUCCAUUCAACGAAAUUACAGGGUUUUUGGUUACCACUAGUGUCAAUGGUAGGGUCCUUGGCUGGAUUGAGAGUGAUAACAAGACGCCUGUGUGGGAGUUUGUUCCUCCGGCGGGCCAAAGGGUCGUCAAGGCAACUGCUCGGCCCGCGCAUGACCCUGUGGCAUCGAUUGGUAAGGUUCUUGGAAACCGGUCUGUUCUGUACAAGUACCUCAGUACGAAUCUGGUACUUGUGACAGCUGUCAAUGAGAAAGAACAUGUUGCCGGUUUUUACCUUCUAGAUGGCGUCUCUGGCAAGGUCCUUCACUCAGCGACCCAGGCUGGUGUGGAUCCUACACAGCCUAUUUCGUCUGUGAUGUCUGAGAAUUGGUUCGCAUACUCAUUUUUCGGAGAUGCUAUUGGCGAAUCUUCCGCCAAGGGUUACCAGCUGGUCAUAUCUGAGCUCUACGAGUCUUCCAUUGCCAACGACCGUGGUCCCCUGGACGCGGCUGGAAACUACUCCAGUCUCCACGGCAGCGGUACCGACAGCCUUCCGCUUCCCCAUGUUGUCUCUCAAUCAUUUAUGAUCGCAGAGCCCAUCUCCCACAUGAUCGUGACCCAGACCCGCCAAGGCAUCACCACCCGCCAGCUUCUUUGCACUCUGCCAUCUUCCAACUCCAUCGUCGGAAUCCCUCGUCCUGUUCUGGACCCUCGUCGCCCCGUUGACCGAGACCCAACUUCUGCCGAGGCUGAAGAGGGACUCUUCCGCUACGCACCAUUCCUUGACUUCGAUGGAAAAUGGUACCUCACGCACGCACGUGAUGUCGCUGGUAUUAAAGAUGUACUUUCUCGUCCCACAUUACUGGAGAGCACCAGCCUAGUCCUUGCGUACGGUGGCGACAUUUUUGGAACUCGCGCUACCCCCAGCCAGGCAUUCGAUGUUUUGGGCAAGAGCUUCUCCAAAUUGCAGUUGGUCUUGACUGUAGUGGCGUUGACUGGCGGUGUCAUCUUUUUGGCCCCAGUUGCCCGGAAAAAGCAAGUUAACUUGCUCUGGAAAGCUACUUAG